UCUCUCUUUCUGUGUUUAGAAAUCUGAAAACUUUACAUUACAAACAAUGAUCUUACACAAAUAUAGCUAAACAUCCAAAUCCCAUUUCCUUCAUUUUCAAAACCCAUUUCAUUUCAUUUCUCCAUUACUCAUCUCUCUCUCUCUCUCUGUCUAAACCCCAUUUUCUCUCUCCUUCUCUGUUUUUUUUUUUUCAAAACUUUCACCACCCUCUCCUCCAAAAAAAAAAAACCAAAAAAAUGUUGUGAAUGAAUCUCAUGAGUUUGAGUUUAAUAAGGUGUUCUAGUGGUGAAUGGGUUGCAUGUUCUCUCAAUUGGCUUCAAAAUUUGCCUUCUUUCCGCCGUCGCCGGCGACGUAUCAGAUCAGAAAAGGAGAAGGGGAAGGGGAGGGGAGGCUAACGGUGGUGUCGACGGCGGCGGGGACGGUGGUGGAGGAUAGUUUGUUGGAUGUAUUGAUGAUAGAUACCAAACGUGGGAAUAAGAUAGUGGGAUUUUAUUUGAAGAAUCCUUGUGCGAGACUUACUCUGCUUUAUUCACAUGGAAAUGCUGCUGAUCUUGGUCAACUCUAUGAUCUUUUUCUUCAGCUUAAAGUUAAUCUUAGAGUUAAUCUCAUGGGAUAUGACUAUUCUGGCUAUGGAGCUUCAACUGGUAAGCCUAGCGAAUCGAAUACGUAUGCUGAUAUCGAAGCAGUCUACGAGUGCCUUGAAACCGAGUACGGAGUUAGCCAAGAAGAUUUGAUCUUGUAUGGGCAGUCUGUUGGAAGUGGACCAACGUUGCAUUUGGCUUCUAAAUUGCCGAGGUUGAGGGGUGUCGUCUUGCAUAGCGCGAUCCUUUCAGGUCUACGAGUUCUAUGUCACGUUAAGUUCACCUUUUGCUUUGAUAUUUAUAAGAACAUUAACAAAAUUAAGAAGGUGAAGUGUCCUGUGCUUGUAAUACAUGGCACAGAAGAUGAUGUUGUCAAUUGGCUCCAUGGAAAUGGAUUAUGGAAAAUGUCGAGAGAACCAUACGACCCUCUAUGGAUAAAAGGAGGAGGACACUGCAACUUAGAACUUUAUCCUGACUAUAUCCGCCAUCUUUGCAAGUUCAUUCACGAAAUGGAGAACAUAACCACGAAAAUUCGCCUUAAAAGAAUUCGUCAAACUCUUGACCUGCAAAAAAGAUCCUGUUGCUGUUCAGUUUCUUGUCAUGGAUGGUGCUGCAAAGUCAAAUGUUUGCGACCAAAAUGCUCGAGACCAAGCUGUGCGAGUUGCUGCUCAGUACGGUUGAAAUGUACCGUAUCCUGUAAACCUAGAUGCCCAAAAUGCCCAAAGCUGAGAUGCUGCUUCAGCUGCCCCUCCACCAGUUGCUUUGCUCGGAAGUGCGGCUGCUGCUCUGGUUGUUUUCAAUGGAGAUGCAGCAGUGACUGUUGUUGUAGCAGCUGUUUUCAACGGAGCUGCUGUUGUGAAAGAAGGUCCUCCAAUGAGUGAGAAAAGGGAAGGAUUUUUCAAUGGUGGGUUUGUAUAGAAUGCUUUGCUUUUGUUAACACCCCUUUCUAAAAUUGUGCAGUAGCUUAUAGAACAAGAGGAAGAAGGUAUUUUUAUCAGAUAAAUUCUUUGGGGGGAAGAAGAUUUUAUUGAAUUAUAUUAUUCCUUUCAAUUGGUUAUGUUCAGAAUAUGAAAACUAGCCCUUCUCAAUAGCCCAAUUUCAUCAUUUAUAUCAUCAAAUCGUGAUCGUAGGAUCAUGGUGGCAAUUGAUUACCUUA